AUGUCUGAACACCAGCUAGUCUCUAAAUCGCGCCGCAACUUGAUAGUGCUAUUCGGAUCGAUACUUGUUGCGCUGGGCUCGGGGACGAACUAUGUCUACUCAGCAUAUGCACCGCAGCUUGGAGCAAAGCUUCACCUGACUCAUACGCAAGUCAACAUUGUUGGCAUUGCUGGGAAUUUGGGUGUAUACUGCUCUGGGCCAUUCUGGGGGAAGUUCAUUGAUGCGCGGGGCCCACGAAUACCAUUAUUGGUAGCCUUUAUCUUGUUAUCUUUUGGAUAUGGGGGAAUUCGCGCCUUCUACACUGGUGCAAUAGCUUUACCCGAAUCGUCCGCUGCACAAUUCAAUCGAAGCGUGGCAGCCUUGUUUGUCCUUAGUUUUUGUACUGGUAGUGCUGGUAAUGCGGGCAUCACGUCCGCCAUGAAUUCUGCCGCCAAGAGCUUUCCCGAUCGCAUGCGAGCGUCGGUUACUGGGAUGGUAGCCAGUGGCUUUGGCUUGUCGGCGUUCUUCUUUUCGACUACUGCCCAUGUUUUAUUCCCCGGAGAUACCGGCGCCUUGUUACUCACUCUGGCGCUUGGCUCAUCAUUCGCGAUGCUAAUUGGUUUCUUCAUCGUACACCCGGUUCCUCAUACAUCACAACACGACCUUUAUCAGGCACUUCCAGCCUCCGAAUCUCAGCUUUCUGUUGCUGACCAACUGGAUACCUUCUCUCCUGUAGAAGCUACUUAUGAGCAAGAUGCCAUUGCCCACGUGCGAGGGACGUCCAGGGCUAGGGACGAAGCAAGGCGGAGCCGAAGCCUAGUAAGAGAAGACAUGCCGUUCCUGUCGGAGGGCGCUUCAUCGUACAGAGGUCGAUCUCGGAACGCUACUCGACUUGCUUUAGAUAUACCUGCUUGGUCACAAAGUGGUUCACAAGACCAGGACCGGCGUCGGUCCGUUUCGAUGCAUCGUGACUUUAUAGAUGCUACCUCGAAUUUGAGGGAGCCUAGCAAUGACGAUGCCAACAUCCAUGGAUUAGCUCUAUUUAAGACCGUAGACUUUUGGGUUGUAUUUGGGGUACUUUCAUUGCUUGCAGGAACCGGGCUUAUGUACAUCAACAAUGUCGGUUUAAUUGUCCAGGUUUUGCUCGCCGCUGGCAACCCUAACUGGGACCGGACCGACGGAGGUGAGAGGCAAGCUGCACAAGUCUCUAUUAUCAGUAUUGCCAACGCAGCCGGAAGACUUCUUAUAGGUCUUGGUGCCGACCACGGGAAGAAUAAGUACGAUGCUCCACGCUCGUACUUCUUGGUGAUCACAGCGAUAGUCGCCAUUGCAUCUCAAGUCACUCUGAUGUAUGCUGAGGUCCCUGACCAUUUGUGGAUGUCAUCUGGGCUGUUGGGCCUUGCUUACGGAGCAACAUUUGGACUCUGCCCGGUACUGACGAUCGAAUGGUUCGGAAUUAGCCACUUUUCUGGAAAUUGGGGAUUUGUUUCCUUGGCGCCAGUUCUAUCCGGGAACCUUUUUAACUUAAUGUUCGGGCGAAAUCUCGACAACCGUGCGACCGAACCUCAACCUGCUACAACCCCUUCGGCUGGUAUGUUGGUCCGCGGGCUUCCAAGCUCAAAAGAGCUGUUAUGUUAUGACGGAAAUGCAUGCUACACUGAUAGUAUACGAGUAUCUCUGUUCGCAUGCUUCUGUGCGUUGGCCAUUAGUAUGUUUGCUGCGUGGAGGGAUAAGCGGAGGCAAAAGCUUGAACACUCCAAAGCUGGUUUACUUUGGACGGUAGAGGAGGAAUCUUCGAGUGAUUCUCAAGUUCGAUGA